AUGGUGGAGAGUGGUUACACGUUGGCGAUCGUGUCCGAGCCGGACCGCCCCCCAAGAAACAGCCCAUAUUGGGCUGUUGAUAACGGGCGUGCGGGGGACUUGGUCGCGAUUCGAUGGCGGUCGGUGCCGGGAGGGCCCGACACGGCCGCCAUCGAAAAAGGGGAACGGCACGUGGCCGUUCAAUGGGGACCCAUCGCGGUCGUUGGGGCCUACUUAAGGCCCACCAGGCGCCUCCCCCUCUUUGAGGGCUGGCUCUUGGACAUCGGGCAGACGCUCGUACGCCUGAGUCCGAGGCUGGUCCUCGUGGCCGGGAACUUCAAUGCGUGGAAUACGCGUUGGGGCUCUCGGUGCACGAACAAGAGGGGCGAGGUCCUGGCGGAAUGGGCGGAGACGCACGGACUGGUCCUCGUAAACGAGGGCCGGAACCCCACCUGCGUGCGGACGCAAGGGGUGUCCAUUGUGGACCUCACAUGGGCUACCCCCUCGGCCGCGCGCUUGGUUACCGGGUGGAGGGUGGAGCAGAACGUCGAGACUCUGUCAGACCAUCGAUAUAUAUCGGUGGAGCUCGGCGUCCUCUCCUCCGUGCGUCGCCGCGAGGAGACGCGACCGCGAUGGGCCCUCCGCAAACUUUGCGAGGACGCCCUGAUGGCCUCGUUAGAGGCCGCCUGUUGGAUCCGGGGAG